UUCUUCCUUUGAUCAGUUCAGUGCUAUAUUCCUAGUUUACUCCAAACCCAUUAUACAUACAGAUUUAUAUAUAUAUUCCAACUAUUCUCCACAUCACCAGCCCCAUGGUUGCAUCAUCAUCCACCCCUCCCCUCUAUAUAUUCCUCAUCUCUCUCCACUCUUCACCCCUCCCCCUUAACCCUCUCUCUCAAACCGAAUUCCUUGUGCAUGUACCUGACAGAAUUAUGAGCUGCAACGGUUGCAGAAUACUCCGAAAGGGCUGCAAUGACAACUGCGUUCUCAGGCAAAGUCUGCAAGCAUUUGAGAGCCCUCAAGCUCAAGCUAACGCCACCCUUUUCGUGGCCAAGUUCUUCGGCCGAGCCGGACUCAUGUCCUUCCUUUCUUCUGUCCCUCAAUCCCACAGACCCGCACUGUUUCAAUCUUUACUGUUUGAAGCGUGCGGGAGGACUGUAAAUCCAGUGAAUGGGGCAGUGGGAUUGUUGUGGACAGGGAACUGGAACCUCUGCCAGUCGGCCGUGGACACGGUACUCCGCGGCGGCAUUCCGCGCUCCUUGCCGGAGUUUUCCGGGUUGGCUCAGUCGCCGGAGUUGGACGAAUAUAAUAACGAUGACUUGUACGGGUCACGAGAUUUGAAGGUUGGUAGUAAUGAUGAGAGAAGAGGCCUUGAUCUCCGAUUAACGGCGGGUUUUCCGGCUAGAAUGACGGGACGAGGGAGGUCAAAACGCAGGCCGGCUUCUCCGUCGGAGGAGUCGGAGACGACGACGAUGGAGAGUGGUUUUGUGUGUGGCCAAGAUUUAGUGGAAAAGGAGCAGGUGGGAUGUCAUGAAACGAAGCUUUUGAGGCUGUUCUUUUGAAGUAAUUGUAUCUCUUUCUUGUUGUGUUUUUAUAUGUCUUAGCGGCUGAAACGAUGAACAUCAAUCAGAUGAAAUUAUGAGAUUUAUGGGCAACUGAAAAAGAAGAGAUGAAAUUAAGUUGCCAUCAAACUUUUUCAUAUUCUUAAGUGUCACUUAAUUACCAUUGUGACUCUGAAUUAUAACAAACAA